ACGAUCUUCUUAUGAGAGAAGCUGUUUCAUGAGAAUAGUAAUAAUCCCCGCAGGACUGACCAUUCGGGAUCUAGCCAUGUCGGAAACAGAGCCAACUUCCGGCCCAGAGUGGCCGGCCCAUUGGAAGCCGGUGGUUCUGACCAGAUUCCGGCCAAUCAGACCGGAGGACAGCUCGCAG